AUGGCAUUGCCGUCUGCCGUCGGCGAGGCGGAACGCGGGAAUGUGAGGUUUGAAGACAGCGUUCAAGGCUGCUCGAGCUGGCCAACCAUGACGUGGUCGAUGGCAGAAAGUAAAAUGAAUCUUCAAGUGCGGAGUUCAACGGCCAAUUCCAUCAAUCUGAGCUGGAACUCAUUUCUCCCGAUCGAUGGUACAUCCACACAAGGGCAUUAUGUGGUCUAUUAUACGACAACAUUCUCUAAUCAUAUCCAGAGUUGGCUGGGCCAAAUUGAGGCGGGAAACGAAACACACACAUCCAUUAGAAAUUUGAAAGACGGAACCGAUUAUUACUUCCGGGUGAGCUAUCGCAUUCCAGGGCGUGGCGUACAUUUAGAAGGGCACCUUUCAGAAGUAGCCUUACAUCGGACAGGAACGCCAGCUCCACUAGGUGGCUGCGAACACGACAGCAGGCAUUAUGACGAAGGCAUGACAAUCCACCAGUCCUGUGACUCGGUCUGUGACUGUCUCCUGGGUUCCUGGAUCUGUAGGCCAAGGGGUUGUCCACCUAAACCCGAUGUCCGUAUCAACCCCGUGAACUGCCGAGAGGAACCCCACCCGGAUGACCCGGAGUGCUGUACCAUGAUCAAGUGCGAAGAGGGUUCCAACGAUUCCAUUCAACCAGCCGAUUGCAACGAUGGUGGUGUGCUCCGAGUCCACGGGGAGACCUACUACCACGAAUGUGAUGAAGUAUGCUUCUGCGACAACGGGGUAUCAGACUGCACCCGUAGGUGUCCUGAUGCGGGCCAGAUGAUACCAGACCUCCAGACGUGCCCCCAUCCCACGCUCCUUGAGCCGCCAGAAGGGGAAUGCUGCCCCCAUUGGUCGUGCCCUCCUCCGCCCAACUCAUGUGAGCUGAAUGGCAACACCUACGAAGACGGGGAGUAUUUCGACGUGGAUUGCAGCAUGCGGUGUCAGUGCCUUGGCGGGAGUGUGCGCUGCGUCCCUAGAUGUCCGGUCAGCUUUGCCGUGUCCACUGUGAACUGUCCUAACCCCACGCGCGUUCAGCUACCAGGCGAGUGCUGUCUGCAGUGGGAGUGUGAACAGCCCGCUGAGCAGGUUUGUAUCCACAACGGAGAAUUUCCAAGACAUUAA